UUCUUGGUCUUUUGGCUUAAGUUACGGAGUACUCACAAUGACUUCCCACGAAACCACACCCAGCACAGACAUCUACGGUCCCGGGACCUAUGUAGAUAAAACCUUCCUUCCCGCGCCACAAGACGCGCGUCGCAUCUUCGAAUACAUCGCCAAGAGCACACCUGGCUUCACUCAGAACCAAGACCUUUGGAACACCGUUGACUUCCAAGGCAGCUCGCUACCCAUCAUCCCCGGACCAUUCAAGGCCCCUCUCAUCGCCGCAGCGCUACAUGCCAUGUGCGGUGUUGUCGCCCACGAAAUCAUCCAAGACCGUGAUGGCACAGCGGCUAGCACCCAACAGGUAAACAUCAAUGUCGACCACGCCGCCAUCUGGCUGGGAACCAUCUUCGCCGCCUCCAUCGAAGGAAAAGACAUGUCCGAGCUCGUCAGAACACGUCAACUACCCACACUCUUCAAACGAGACUUCGAAGGCGACUUCAUGUCAUCACCCAUGAGACAGCGAACCACGGCAUUAUACAAAACCAAGACCCCCGGCGUGUGGUACCAACUUCAUGGUUCUCUGAACGCGGCACCCGUUCUACAGGCCCUAGGCAUCGACCCGAAUUACCCAGCCAAGAACUCAGACGAAGCGUACGAACACAUCGCUCGACAUGUUGAACAAUGGGCCGCUGAUGAGCUGGAGAUGCUUAACAUCAAGAAUGGCUUCUGUGGAAGUAUUUGCUUUACCCCACAGGGAUGGGACGAGACCUCCAUGGGGAAGAGACUCGCGGCUCAUCCGCUAGUGGGAUAUUCUCGUCAGAGACAUGCCAUUCCGACGCCCCCGGUUCCACUGCCCAAGGUACAGAAUGACAGACGGCCACUGGCGGGGAUUAAAGUGGUGGAGUUGGUGCGGAUCAUCGCUGGUCCGGUGAUCGGAAAUACUCUUGCUGCGAUGGGGGCGGAUGUGAUUCGGGUGGGAUGUAGUCGGUUGACGGAUCUUAAUGUCUUACAACUUACCCUGAACGCGGGUAAACGGACAAUUGAUCUGGAUCUAACCAAAGAAGAGGACAAGUCGCGACUCCGGGACCUCAUCAGCGGCGCCGACGUCUUCAUCCAAGGGUUCCGGCCCAACGCUAUCGCCCGGAAGGGCUUCGGAGUCAACGAUCUCCUUGAAAUGGCAGGCACCCGGGGCAAAGGAAUCGUCUACGUAGAGGAGAACUGCUACGGACCUGACGGCCCCUACCAUGAGAGACCCGGGUGGCAGCAGAUAGGCGAUGCGGCGUCCGGAUCGUCCUACGUUAUGGGUCGCUCUUUGGGAUUUAACGAUGGAACGAGUAUUCUUCCUCCGCUGCCUAUCUCCGAUAUGACCACUGGACUUGUGGGUGCGUUGGGUGCGUUGAUGGCGCUGCGAGAUCGGGCCCGACAUGGUGAUUCCUAUCGCGUGACGAGUUCAUUGGUCAAGGCUGAUGCCAUUGCCUUGGAGCCGGAGAUUGGGCUUUACUCGCCUGAGGUAGUGGAGAAGAGUAAGCAGGUGUUUCAAUGGGGGUAUAUUGGGCCUUCGUUGUUUGUGACGGAGAUUCUGCUGGUUGUUAUGGAUGGGUGGAAGAGGGUGUUUCCUCAGUAUUUUGGGGGUGGAGAUGAGUCGUUGCUGAUGAGCUUUGAGGAGGGGCCGUGGGGGAAGAUGGAGAUCUUGAGGCCGGUGGUGAGGUUGGGUGAUGAUGAUGUGACGCCUCGGUGGUUGACGCCGGCGGUGCCGAAUUGUUAUCAUGGGAGGAGUAUUGAUUGGCUUUGAGUCAUUGGGGAUUAGUCGGGGGUGGUAGAUGAGAAUGGGAUUGUAUGCAGUGUGCAUUUCAUGCGUGGAUGUGGUAAUUGUUUUUAAU